AUGGUGAAAAAAGGUGAAAUGUAUAAAGGUACUAAUAUAAAGGUGGUUGUUUGUCUGUUGACAUUCCUGCUAAUAAUCACAACAAAGAUUAAAAUAACAGAGCAAGCUGAAAAAGAGAGAGAUUAUUCAGCGAUUCCAAAAAUAGGCGGCGCAGUUAAUAUAUUCAGUCGUUAUGGUUAUUUGAGCAUAAGUAUGCGAGUGGUGCCAAGGAAUGACUCCGACACAUGGAUAUUCCGAGAGCCAACGGUGGAUGUCUUCAACAAGGUGAUAACAGCCCCACCAAGGGUUAAGAGUAAGGCAACCGUGUUUGACGGUGAUUUCCACAUGGAGUUCUGCGACAAUGUAAGACAAUUGCUUCAAGCUUACUUCAGAGAUUUCACGUUCGAGCGGAUGGACAGACCUUGGAGGGCAUUUACCGGAAGUUGGUCGGUCGCGACUAUCGCAAGACACCUCGGUAUAAAUGCCUCUUUCAUAACUCAAGAUCACUGCUACGUGCUUGUGAGAGUCGCCAGGUACCGGGAGAACAAAAAACUCGCCGGGACUCCAGAUAGUAGUCUAGUUCUUGAUCAAAGCGUUACCAGAGAGGCGGAUAAUAUAACAGUCGGCGACACUGCUGGUACUAUCAAGUUCAUCAGGAACUUUGGCUCACACUACAUCGCUUCCUUCGUCACCGGCAACUCGCUUUACCAGGUCUUCGUUUACACGCCUCAAGUGUACCAGCGGAUAAAAGAGCGCCUGAAAACGCGUGGCGUAGCUCAGCUGUCAAGUGUCGAGCUCAGCAACUUUUUCUCCCCGUGGUAUGCCGAGCAUAUGGGAACUAUCCAGUCCGCGAGCGGAAAUCACUCUGUCGAGGCUUGGGCUGUUGAGAAUCUCCGGGUCCAGUACUACUUUUUCACCUACCCGAGCCUUCUUAAGCUCCACGGUGAUGCUGAAUUGCUCUACCAGCUGGAUGAUCUUCUCGGGAAUGAAGCGCUUUUGCAGUUACACCUGAAAACACUGUCGCCGCUGUUCAAAGACACGCAACAACGCGACUGGUUUUUAGAAGUUAUCGACAAUUACUUUAAGCUAUGGGAAGUUAACAUGUAG